AUGGACGAAAAACUAUAUGAAUUGUUCCAAAAAACGUUGAUAGAAAACUCAAAUGUGAAUAUUCAGAAAAUAGUAUAAGGAUAAGUUAGAGUGAUACAAUAGAAUACUCAACCAUUAGGUUAAAAAAAUGAGACAAUUUCAAUAAAAGAUGUUUAAAAGAAGUUAGAAGCAAUUGAAAAGAAUCUAAUGAUCUAGGAUUCAGCAAGGAAAAGAAGAACAUCUCGUUAUCAUUCUAAAAAAUGUAGUGUUAAAAUGAAUACUCAAAAUGGAUCAAAUUCUCCAUCUCCAUAUUAAUUAGAUUUUGAAGAUGCUAAAGAUUAUGAAGUUGAUAUUUUAAGAAAAGAGAAUGAGAAAUUAUAAGUAAAACUAAAGUAAUUAAUUAGGAACGUUUAAAAUAAUUGAAAUAAUAGAAUGAUGUAGAUAAUUCAGAGGAUUUGAAUAGAGAAAGAGAGAAACUUUAAAAAAUGAAGUAAGAAUAUCAAAGUAAAGAUGAUGAAUUGAAGAUAUUAAAUAAUAAAUUAGAUAUCUUGGAAAUUGAUUUAAAUAAAAAACAUUCUUAAUUAUUAUUGCAAUCUAAAAAAUUAGAAGUUUAAUAAUAGAAUUUGCAAAAGAAUGUAUAAUAAAAAUAUAUUAAUAAUUAUUAGGAAUAAUAAAUUAAAGUAAAGAGAGAUUGUAUAGAUGCAUUACAAUAAUAAAUCAAUUUAAAUAUAUCAUAAGUUAUUUCACUUAAUAAGUAUUAAUUAUUUUAUUAUUUUUUAGAAUUGAAUUAAAAUAAAAAUUACCAUAAAAAUUAGGAGUCUAAUUAGAUGUUAUUGAAUAACUUAUGUUAUCAACUUUUAAAGAAAGAUAAGUAGCAUAAUAAGAAUAUUUAUGUUUAAGAUAAUUGAAGAAUGUUAUUAAAGACCAAUAAAAAGAAUAUUUAAAGAAGAUCUAAAUCUGA